AUGGAAUUCUGCUCGGGUGGCAGCUGCCAUGGUCUCCUGCGGCCAGGUGUGAUUCACGAAGAAUACAUUGCAAUUAUCCUGAGAGAGCUUCUCCGCGGCUUGGACUACCUCCACACCGAUAAAAAGCUUCACCGAGACAUUAAAGCUGCGAAUAUCCUGUUGAGCGCAAGUGGCCAAGUCAAGCUGGCUGACUUUGGUGUCUCUGGGCAAUUGUCAGCGACAAUGACCAAGAAGAACACAUUUGUGGGAACUCCGUUCUGGAUGGCGCCAGAGGUGAUCAAACAGUCGGGAUACGAUUACAAGGCCGACAUCUGGUCUUUGGGCAUCACAGCAAUCGAGCUGGCUUGUGGUGAUCCUCCCUAUGCCGACAUCCAUCCGAUGAAAGUGCUGUUCCUGAUUCCGAAAAACCCGCCUCCCGUCCUGAAUGGCGAUUUCAGCAAGCCCUUUAAGCAGUUCGUUGAACUAUGCCUACGUCGAGACCCCAAGGAACGUCCGACGGCCAAGGAGCUUCUCGAGCACCCUUUUGUGAAGCGCGCUAAAAGAACAACUUACCUGACUGAGCUCAUUGAGCGUGCAGAGCGUUGGCAAAUAACCCAUCAAGACCAGGAUGACGACGACGAUGGGUAUGGGUAUGAUGCUGAACCUGAGCAAACAAUGCAAGAUCGGUCUCAAGAGAAGGAGGAUCUUUGGGACUUUGGCACUGUUCGUCCUGUAGGAAAAGGUCCCGCCCCCCCUUUGCGCCAUAUGAAGAGCAACGAACAAAACGCACGGGCGAAUAUGACAGAGGAUUGGGAUCUGGGCGAUGAGACUCCGGGGCAGGCCUCCACGUCUCGCCCACAACCUCAGCCCAUCGCAGCACCGUCCCCUUUCCACGCAUCUCCCACAAAAACCCCCCUUCCUCCAUCGGCCCCAUCUUCACCCCUCAAGCAACGAGCCUCUCAAACAGCACUUCCUCCACGCAAGGUCACUGCCAAACCAAGCCGACCUGCAGAUGACAACUCUGCCGCGCGAGGUCUCAACGAACAAUACGCACAGGCUGCUCUGAGCUACGCAAGCCGCACCGAAACACCCCCAGCCAAGCCAAGCCCUGCAGUCAGAGACCAAGGUAUCACGACCCAACAAUCAUCCACAAAUAUCUCAGAAGUCUACCGUACCCCAUCCGGUCAGAUCGUCCGAAAGCCAGCUUCGUCCUCACGCCCAGUCGAGCCCCAAGGACCAGCACCUCAGCCACCACCACAUUCGCCCCGAGUUUCUCAACCAGGACUUCCAAGACAAACAGAGACUCUUCAACAAACCAGGCCCGCAUCUGGUCUGAAAUCCAAGCGAGCACCCUCAAACAUGGAAGAGCGUCCCUUCAACCGCUCCACUCCCCCAACACCAAACUCUCCCCGCCCUCUCCCAGAUGAUCGCGUCACAGCAUGCGGCUCCGUGAUCCUCCCUGCUCUCCGUGCCGCUAUGGAUCGCCGCCGUCGCCAUCUCGUCCGUCUCGAGCCAGGACGCAACCCAGGCGAACCCCCCGCCACACCUGAAGAAGAGCAAAUUUUCGACCGCAGCGUCCGCGUCCACCGGGGCAUGGAACAGGUCGCUGAAGAAAUCGCCCGCUCCUUCAGUAACCUCCAACGCUGGGAUAUGGAAGACUCAAUUGAUAUGGGAGGGGGUGUUGAUGCUGUACUGGACGCGUUCCUUGAGGAGGUUCUCGUUCGUCUGCAGCCGAAUUAA